GCUCUUGUUUUUCCCUCCUCCCUCUGCUGCCUCCUCUCCUUUACAGCUCUCAGAAAUUGCUCUUUCUUUUUCCCAGUGGCCAUAAAUUCAUACCCCCCUUGCUGAAGAAGAUGGCAGAAAAGCAGGAGGAGCCCAGCAACACCCAGAAUGGGGAACCUGACAACGCCGAGGAGGGCGAGGGGAAACAGAAGAAGAAGCUGAAGCGGGAGGAUCUGCCACCCUUUGAAAUUGUGACGGGGGAACGCCUCCCUGCCAUAUUUUUCAAGUUCCAGUUCAGGAACGUGGAAUACAGCUCAGGCAGGAACAAAACCUUCCUGUGUUACGUCCUGGAGACCCAAGGCAAAGAGUCAGUGACUUCUCGGGGUUACCUGGAGGAUGAACACGCAGCUGCCCACGCAGAGAUGGCUUUUUUCAACACCAUCUUACCCAAGUGUGACUCGAGCCUCCGUUACAACGUCACCUGGUACGUGUCGUCCAGCCCCUGCGUCACCUGCGCCGAGCGGAUAACCGACACCCUCAGCAAGAACAAGAACCUGCGUCUGACCAUCAUGGUGGGGCGCCUCUUCAUGUGGGAAGAGCCAGAAAUGCAGGCUGCCCUGAAAAAAAUGACAUCAGCUGGCUGCAAGCUGAGGAUGAUGAAGCCUCAAGACUUUGAGUAUGUGUGGAAGAACUUUGUGGAGCAGGAGGAGGGAGAGGAAGGCAAAGCCUUCGUGCCCUGGGAGGACAUUCAAGAGAACUUCCAGUAUUACGAGGAAAAGCUGGCUGAGAUUUUGCACUGAAGCUCAAGACCAAUUCAGGAAAGAUCUACAAAGAGAGAUGUGCAGACUUGAACAUCUGGGACACUCCUACUUCCCAAAGCUUCGACUCCAGCAGGAUGGAGUACCAACUCCUGGAAGACUAGGCAUUGAUGGACUACAAAUACAACACAGAUCUUUGGUGUUUGGGAUUUUUGUGGCUUAUUUUGUUCCUUCCUCCUUGCCCCCUGCCCCAAACAAACCCAUACUGCCUCUGGUGAUAGGGAAGAAGAGAAGGCACACACUGUGUGGUUAAAGCCUUGGAUGCAAUGGAUUGCAGUGGACUUACAGGAAAGACUGUAGGUCUCAAAUACCAGAGUACUUCAUAAGAAAAGGCCUUAGAACAAAGCUGCCAAUUAGAGAAAUGCAUUUAGAAGGUGCAUACUUCGGAAUUAUUAAAGAGAUUUAACAUGAAAAAAAGGGUUUCUUCCUCUGUCCUCCUGAAUAAACAGAGCUGUGAUUUAAAUUAGGGCCAGCUGGUCUGUUCUGAAGUACAACAGAAGCUCAAGUGCUUGGUUUCAAACACCUUGUCCAAUGAUGUCUGUGGUAAAAAAAUGGGAAGGAGCAAAGUGAAAUAAAAU